CUGUCACUUGCAAGUAAUUUGUCACUGUUGGAAGGAAGCGAAAAAUUUGCUCGCGUUAACGCUGCUCCGCCCGUUUUUUCGUGAAUUUUCACCCAGAAAUCGCACCCGCAAUGGACGCCUUCGGUGACGGAAACUUCGAGCAGACCGAGGUCGACCCGGCGGCGGAGUUUUUGGCCCGCGAGCAGAACGCUCUCGCUGGGUUGGAGGACGAAAUUCCCCCGGUCGUCGCAGGAAAUGGAGACGCAGCAAGCGAUGACGUGACUCAAGCAAGAUCAGAUGCACUAGGGGGACUAGAGUUCGAAGAGACGGGCAGCUUUGAAAUGAUCAAUGCCGCCGAUUCGGCCGCCAACGGCGGGGCCAGCGGUCUGCCGGAUUUUGGUGCCCCGGCCGAUCUGGACGCGGACGGUUAUCCUAGUAACAACGAAGACGAUGGUAAUGAUGAUUUUUCAGGGUACACAGUGCCGAAGCAAGUGACGGAGGAGCCGGAAAAGAUCCGCAAGUGGCGCGAGGACCAGAAGACGCGCCUCGAGGAGAAGGACCGCGAGGAGGAGCGGAAGCGGGAGGAACUGCGGGAGCAGGCCCGCAAGGAGCUGGAGGAUUGGUACAAGCACCACGAGGAGGCCAUCUCGAAGACCAAGUCCGCAAACAGGGAAUCGGCCAAAAACGCCGAGAAGCAGUUCGUGGCGGAGACGGACGAGAUCGAGCCGGGCACGGAGUGGGAGCGCAUCGCCAAGCUGUGCGACUUUAACCCCAAGACGAACAAGUCGAGCAAGGACAUCUCGCGGAUGCGCUCGAUCAUCCUGCAGCUGAAGCAGAACCCGCUCUCGACCAGCAAGAAGGUUUAAGGUGGUGUGGGGAGAAGAAAAUGGGGGUUGAAUUCCGUCUCAGUGUUAUGGAAGUGAGGAGGAAUCGUGUAAGAAAGAUGAGGCAGAUGAAGACAAAAACACACUACACACUAUAGGCAAAAAUGAUGAAUUAUAAAUAAUAUAUUACAGAAUAAUACAGAUUUAUAGUGAGAAUUGAAAGAGUAAAACACAAACACUCGACAAAAAUUUGCUUUCGUCUACUUGAAAACUUUAUUGAUUACACACCGUCGUAGUAGAGUUGUAGUUGUGGGGUUUCCUUUGCUUUUUGUGUUGUUGUUUUUUGAAGAUUCUCCGCAAGUCGAUUAAAUACUGGGCUAAAAUACGCGCAGAGCUGCUCGCGCGCGUCGUCUUCAAUUUAAAAAUUGCUCCUAUGAAUCACUAAAUUAGUAUUAGUUUAAAGGUAGAUAAAUCUUUUGCGACACUUUGCGGAUCGACGUUCCAAACUGUUAUCAUUCCUUUUUGCCUAUUAUUUUUGUCGUUUUUAUUUUAUUUGUUUCCCCUUUUUUUUGUUUCUGCUUUGAUUUCCCUAAUUUGCUAAUAUGAAUACAUAUUUCAUUUAUAUAAUCUUCAUGUGCUAGUUUUAUACGUUCCACAUCUAUUCUCUCAUCAUCAAUCAUUUGGACCGGGUGCAUCCACACUGCACCAAUGAUGACGCAUUAAGAUUUUUUUAAAGUUUCUUCCACUGGAUGUAAGGAAUGUUUGAAAACAAAGACGAGAAAGAAAAAAAACAGAAACGUUUCAAGUAGAAAACCCACUCACAUAAACAUUUAUCGUAAUCGCUAAAUCAUAGUGCUAAUAAGAAGAAAAGAUAAACAAAAAAGUAUCGUUAAUCGAAAUCCUAAAAUAAAAAUGCAUUCAAAAAGUGUAUAACAAAAUGCCACGUGCACGUGUGUGUGCGUGCGGAAUAAAUCUAAAUAAUGUUGAGGAGAAAAAAGUA